AUGGCAGCUUUUGAACGCGGGGCCCUUCCACGGCCAGGACAGUGGCCUGCAGACCCUCAGGAGGACGUUGCCAUAUCAAAGGACAGGAUUUGGGUGGAUGGAUGUUUCGACUUUAGUCACCACGGCCAUGCGGGCGCCAUGCUACAAGCCCGCAGGCUCGGAAAGGAACUCCUCGUUGGUGUGCACUCAGACGAGGAGAUAGCGGACAAUAAGGGCCCAACCGUGAUGACCCUUGCUGAACGAAUUGCUGCUGUUGAUGCUUGCCGAUGGUCAUCACAGUCCAUCCCUUAUGCUCCAUAUGUUACCUCUCUAGAUUGGAUAUCCCAUUAUGGAUGCCAGUAUGUUGUCCAUGGCGAUGACAUCACCUCAGACAGUGAUGGUAAUGACUGCUAUCGGUUCGUCAAAGAGGCAGGGCGCUUUUUGGUGGUAAAACGCACCCCUGGCAUCUCGACAACUGACCUGGUUGGCCGCAUGCUUCUAUGCACGAAGACGCACUUCAUCAAGUCCCUCCUAGCGUACAUAACCGGUAAGGAGGGCUCUGGUACCCCGGAAGAGAUGGAAGAGGCCGGAAAGAGCCAUUUCCAGAGGAUCAGAGACUAUGCCACAGACGAGACAGGCCUGCGCCCUGGUCCCGAAGUAUGGUAUUGGAACGGUCCUUCUACUCCUAGUACAUCCCAUGAACAGGUGCGCCAGCUGGUGGCAGGCGUAAAGCCCAGGCCAGGGCAGAAGAUUGUAUAUGUUGACGGUGGCUUUGACUUGUUCUCAUCCGGCCAUAUUGAGUUCCUCCGUUGUGUGCACUCCGCUGAAGAAGAGGAGGGAACCGCUCGUGGAUGGUUCCAUCCAGACAAGGUUGCCCAAAGAGUAAAGGAGCACGGGGAGGACUACGGACCUGCGUAUAUCGUGGCUGGUGUCCAUGAUGAUGAAGUAAUCAAUCGCUGGAAAGGCUUAAAUUAUCCAAUUAUGAAUAUCUUUGAGCGUGGUCUCUGUGUCCUCCAGUGCCGUGCUAAAACUCAACCACAGUACAUAAAUGCCGUCAUAUUUGCUGCUCCGUUUACACCUACGGAAGCAUACCUGAAAGCCAGCCCCUUUGGAUUGGCAGAUGUGGUGUAUCAUGGCCCAACGACUUUCAUUCCUCUAACCUUUGACCCUUAUGAAGAACCCAGGAAACUAGGAAUAUUCAAAGAAAUCGGCAACCAUCCGUUCCAAAACGUCAAUGCUGGAGAAAUAGUACAGCGAAUCAUGGAAGCAAGAGCUGCUUUUGAGGAACGACAGAGGAUCAAAAUGCUUAAAAGCAUCAACGAGGCAGAGGUUAAAAAACAAGAGGCUGCUAAGCUUUCUGGGCAAGGUAGCUAA